GCCCCGCCACCCUUGGCCCCGGGACGGGCUCCAACACGCCCAGCUCCCUCGGACCGCCGCCUGCCCCUCCCCCAGCUGACAACUGGCCCCUGCUUGCCCGGGCAUCCCGGCCGCUGAUUGGCUGGCUGGGGAAAGGCUCGCCGAAGGAGGCGGGGAUUCCUCGUCGUCGUCACUGGGAAACCCCCGGCGCCUUCCCUUGGCUCAGGCACGCCCGGGCAAGAGGCGGGCACAACGCGGGAGGCACAGAGCGAGUUCGGAGCUCCCGUCCGGUGAUUUCCGCCUUCCUUCCUUUCCAAGCCGGCCAGACGAGGAAAGCGCGCCCGCUCACAGCUCGACAUGAUGCCGAACAAAACGCCGCGCAAAACCGCGCCGCACCCCCCAACGCCCGCAGACUCAGAGGUAGAGACGGAAUGCGCAUUGCAACUGCGCAAGAUUGGUGACAAGUGGAACCUCCGCCAGAAGAUCCUUAACCUGAUUUCAAAGCUUUUCUGCCCUGGAACAUGAGAGUGUUUUUACUCAAAAUGGAAAUGGAGGAAGAAAAAAAGAAUCCUUUGGAAGAUCCAACUUUUAUGUAUGUGGAGUCAUAAAAUAGACUUCCGUAAGAGAAAGGAGAUGAAAUGUUUCCUGUGCACUUCUGCUGCCUUGUUUCCUGUGGGCAAGGAAGGCUCCUGUAAUAUGAUUUCUUCAGAUAAAGUUUCAGAAAGAUUGCUAGGGAAUGCAACUGGAAGGAACUGAAGAGGAGAGAAUUGGAAUUUACUGUUUACCAACCAUGUUGGACUGUGAAGGGCACUGGAAAAUGAAGGAAUCUGGGUGGGGUGAACUAACCCAGAGCUCAACGUUCUGAUUUCCAUAGUUCUGGAAUUCAUAUGCUCAGCUGUUACGCUGUAUUGAAAGGUUAUGGGAUUUCAUGCAUAGCAAAGAGCAACUUUUUUAUAAACUCUGGACAUGCACAGUACAAAUCAAUUUGCCAGCAAUUUAUAAUUGCUUUUUCGUUUUCGUUUUCUAGAAUUUGGAAUCCCAGGUUUAGUAUACUGGGGAAAGAAGUAUUUUGCUUGUGUGUUUGUUUAGUUGAAAUGAAUGUACAAUGUUACAUGUUAGUAGCUUGUAUUUAAUGAAUUAAACUGUAAUGUCAUUAAUUUAUAAGGCUAAAGUGAGUACAUCUGCAGUGCCAGUGUACCAAUAUAUGUCCUACGGGGUAGGAUGUUAUAUGAAUAUUUAUUUUUGUUGGAACUAUACAGUAAUGGAAUACUUUUGGGUUAUCAACCAGAACUAACUAUUCCAGAUGAGUGUUCAAAGCAUGCAGCAAAGGCUGCAUCAGACUAGAGGGAUGCGAAGUGACAUCCUUCAAGUAAAAGUCACAGUAUUCUUAGCAUUACAUAAUGAGUUGUACAAUUUUAGUUUAUCAGUUAACAGAAUAUGGUUCUCCAUUUAUAUCAAAGGCAAUAGAUUUCUUUGCAGUGUUAGACUUGCUUAAAUGGAAUAAGCUUUAGAAAGAAAGUUACAUUAAGAUUGCACUUCUUAAAGGAAAAGUAAGACUUUUUUU